UUCGACUCUCGCAGAAGAAGCAAAGAAACUCGGAACCACUUUGAAUGGAAACUCCCUUUUUCUCCUCUCACUGUCACACAGUUUUGUAACGUGGAUGAAGUAACUCGCACUACAGAAAGCGUUUAUAAACGAAGCAAAAAAUGCGCGACCGAACCAAAGAACUGGGAAAUCCUGCAGAUGGCUCGGAUGAACAUGACGAAGGCACAGCGCUCAUGAUCAAACCAGGCUCAGCGAACUCAGUGAAGGAGGACAGAGAAAAUGAAGCUUUCUUUCGGAAGGUCCAUGAGAUUCGAGAGGGGCUUGAAACUCUUAAGAAGAAAGUAUCUGAACUGGAGAACAAACAAAAAACUGUUUUGGGUGUAGCACUUCCAGAGGACAGUAUGAAAAAGGAACUUCAGACUAUAAGAGAUGAAAUCAAAGUAUUAGCUACCCAAAUCCAGAAAAAACUGAAGAAUAUUGAACCCAAGAAAACUGACGACGAUGGGAAAUAUGUUCCAAUAAACUUAAGAAUGCAAAGAACACAGCAUGCUGUCCUGUCACGAGACUUUAUUGAGUCGAUGAGUUACUGUAACACAAUUCAGGCCCAGUACAGAGAUAGAAAUGUAGAGAGGAUACAAAGGCAACUCAAAAUCACUGGCAAUAAUGUGACUGAUGAUCAGCUGGAGUUGAUGCUUGAGAGCGGACAGACGGAUGUGUUCACACAAAAUAUCUUGACAGAUGCACAAGCCACAAAGCAGGCACUAAAUGAGAUUGAGUCUCGGCAUGAUGAGAUUCUCAAACUGGAGAAAAGCAUCAGAGACCUUCACGACAUGUUUCAGUAUCUUGCCAUGGAAGUGGAGGCACAGGGGGAAAUGGUUAAUAGUAUAGAGAACAACAUAAAUAAUUCUUCUAACUAUGUUGAGAAGGCUGUUCAAGACACAGCGGCAGCUGUUGUCUCUCAAAAUAAGGCCAGAAAGAAAAAAAUCUGGAUUGCAGUGUGCAUUGCAAUUUUAGUUUUGAUACUAGUCAUUACCCUGGGUUUUACCUUCAGCUGAGAAAAGUCCAUUACUAUUAAAAGCAGUGUCCUCCUUCUGCUGGUCUCCUUUGCUUUGCAUUUCAAGCAAAUUGUUUUCAGUAAUGACUUCAUUUAACCACAGUCUCUUCAGCUCUUUCAAGUUAAUGAUUAAUGGCCUUUUGACCCAGAGAUAAACAUUGAUUUCGAAGCUGUGCUGCAAUAUCCUAAAUAAGGAUCACAACUACAAAACAAAUUUUGUCAUUUUGAAACAACACUGACCUAGAAAUAACUGUUCUCAGGAAAGCCAAAACGAUAACAGAUUUUUAAUAUAUAAGCAUACAGAAGAAUCUGAAUCUCUGUAAGAUAUUUGAGCUUUGUUUUUAUCUUUCUGUUAAAUAUUUUAUUGUGUUCAUUUAUGAUUCUGUGUAAAGCGAAGACAUUUUUCAAGCUCAUCUGUACAUACACAAACUAAACCGUUUUUGCUUUUAUUUUUACAGUAUCUGCUUCUGAUAUUAUAAUUACCAUCAUUUCGUGUUAUAAAAUGUUUCUUUUAGCUAAUCACAACUUUAGAUGUAGUUCUGUGGUGUGAGCUGUACCCUACACCCUAAUUGUUCAUGAAUUAAUCAAGUAACACACUAAAAAUGUGCUGCGAGUUAUUUAUUUGGACAUUUGGACAUUGUCUCAAAUAGAUGUAGAUCUGCUUUCGAAGCAUCCGAUAUGUACAGUCAAAAGUAACUUUUUAGUGCCUUACCUAUUUAACUUCUAUCUGUAUGAAUUUAUUGGCAGGUAAUAUCAGACAGAAUUACUGCAAUAUUUUGGUGCAUGAUGUGCUGUCAUUUUGUACUGAGCUUCCUGUAAUUUUAAUACAGAACUGUUGUUUUGAAAUAAAAUGUAUCG